AUGAUUCGGCAAACAUACAUAGUUUUGACAGUUAUUUUAAUUCUAUUUUCAUUAACAACGGCAAAUCGGUGCCCAUGUGAGUUAGUUGUUAAUGAAAAUCCAACAAUACCAAAUACAGAUUUAUCACCGAUAAGUUCAUUUAUGAAUGAUAAUAGCACGGAAGAUUAUAUUGUACAAAUUGCUGAUAGUAUUCCAUCGACAAAUAAAUAUCAAAAAAUGGCAAAUUUAUAUCCAUUAAUUCGUCAAAGAAAAAGUUUAUCAACAACUCGUAGACGGUUCAAACGUCCGAGUUGGGCUACCAUUGGAAAACGAUCAUUCAUGCUAAUUAGAAAACGACCAUCAUGGGCUCAAAUCGAAAGUGGUACUUAUUAUGUUCCAACAGAUGGUCCACAUCAAAACUAUGUUGACUAUAUUCGAACAUUGCCAUUAAAUCCAUUACCAGAAGUUUAUGGUUUUCAUUCCAAUGCUGAUAUUACAAAAGAUCAACAAGAAACACAAACACUUUUUGACAGUAUUCUUCUAACAUUACCAAAACAAACAACAGGGGGUGAGGGACGAACACCAUCUGUUGUUAUGGACGAAUUAGCAGCUGAUAUUCUCAGUAAACUACCAGCUGAUUUUGAUACAGAAGCUAUUGGUAAAAAAUAUCCUGUUCUUUACAAUGAAUCAAUGAAUACCGUAUUGCGACAAGAAAUAAUUCGUUAUAACCGUUUAACAUCUGAAGUUCGCAAGACUUUAGCUGAUUUACGUAAAGCAAUUAAAGGUCUAGUAUUAAUGUCAUCUGAACUUGAAGAAGUAUUUAAUGCAAUGUUUAUUGGCAAAGUUCCAAAUGCAUGGGCAGCUAAAUCGUAUCCAUCAUUAAAACCAUUAGGAAGUUAUUUAAAUGAUUUGAUGGCUCGAUUGAAAUUUUUACAAAAUUGGAUUCAAAAUGGACCACCGUUUGUAUUCUGGAUAAGUGGAUUCUUUUUUACGCAAUCGUUUUUAACCGGUGUUCUUCAAAACUAUGCUCGAAAAUAUACGAUUCCAAUUGAUAAACUAGCUUUUGAAUUUGAUGUACUUCAAGAAGAUAAUGAUAUGCCUAAUAAACCAGAUGAUGGCGCUUAUAUAAAAGGUCUUUUCCUUGAAGGCGCUCGUUGGAAUAAAACAACUCGUGUUAUUGAUGAAUCUCUACCGAAAGUUUUAUUUGAUGCUUUACCUAUAAUCUGGUUAAGACCGGGUAUAACAGAAAAUUUUGCAACAGUUAAUACAUAUUCGUGUCCUGUGUAUAAGACAAGUGCUAGACGUGGUGUACUUAGUACAACAGGUCAUUCAACGAAUUUCGUACUCCUAAUUGAACUUCCAUCGAUAAAACAAAACGACAUUGGAUAA